AUGAAAUCAUCAUUCGAAAAUUCACGUUUAUACAAACAAAUUACUCUUGUUAUCCUUUUUUACACAUUAUUGACAUCACAAAUAACAGCAGUAGCGACCUAUAGAUGCAGUCAAGAAGAUUGUUUGCUACCCCCAAAUUUACCGUAUUACCAAAUCUCAUCGAGCAAUCAAAAUCUAGAUAACUCAGUUCGUUAUUCAUACCCAUCACUUGCAGAUCAAACCCAGCCGUUAUCAAACCUUAUACCUACACCGUCGACAUCAACUUCUUUUUCAAAAUAUUCCGGCAAAGCCACUUACUACAAUCCAGGGCUUGGAGCAUGUGGUGUGGAUGCUAACGAUAAUUCAAUGGUCGUCGCGAUUUCCGCUCCUAAUUUCGAUCCUAUGAUCCAAAAUGGGAAUCCUAAUAAAAAUACACUUUGUGGAAAGCGCGUACGAAUUUAUUAUGGUGAUAAAUUUGUAGAUGGUGUUGUGGCGGAUAGAUGCCCCGUUUGCAAACUUGGCGACAUUGAUUUGUCGCCAGCAAUGUUCAGUCAGUUGACAGAACUCGAGCGAGGUUUUAUUACUGUUGAGUGGGGCUACUUAUAA